CACAAUAGCCCGUCAAUGUGCAAAGGAAGAAUUGAAGGUGGUUUAGCUACAAAUUAAGGAAACAAUAUUUCUCAAUGGAGUGGGCUUUUGUGAAAGCCUUGCUGUGGAGUUUCCUUGUAUUUCUUCAAUUUCAUGGGCACACAGCUGCCUGCCUCCAGGAAGAGAGGAUUGCUCUGCUGGAAUUGAAGGCAUUCCUGGAAUCAAAUAUUAUUUAUGCAGAUGAUCACCGUCUUCUUCCAUCAUGGAUUGACGAUGAAAAGAGUGAUUGUUGUGAUUGGGAGAGGGUCACGUGCAACUCCACCACCGCUCACGUGAUCAAGCUUUCCCUCUACAACAUAAAGGACGAUCCUAAUUACUAUGAAGAUCGUUAUUACUAUGGAUAUGGAGAUUAUAACAACCGAUGGUUGCUAAACGUGUCCCUGUUGGUGCCUUUGAAGGAGCUAACAACUCUUAAUCUAUCCGGCAAUGCAAUUGGUGGCUGCCUACCAAAUGAAGGUUUUGAAAGCUUGGCAAGAUUGGAGAACCUAGAGACCUUAGAUCUUAGUAACAACAAUUUCAACAGAAGCAUCAUAGAAUUAUUGAGUGCAGCUAAAUCCCUUAAAAAUCUGAAUCUUGCUUGGAAUGGAAUCGAAGGAUUAUUUCUUCCUAAAGGUUUUGAAAGCUUGUCAAUAUUGGAGAACCUGGAGACAUUAGAUCUUAGAGGCAACCGUUUCAACAGAACAAUCUUCGAAUUAUUAACUGCAAUCAAAUCUCUUAAGAAUCUGAAUCUUGCUUCCAAUGAAAUAACAGGAUCCUUUCCUACCAAAGAAAUAUCAGCUUUGGAAAACUUGGAGAAGUUGGAUUUAAGUUAUAAUGACCUCAAUGGCUCCCUAACAUUCCAAGGUUUGUCUAACUUCAGUAGGUUGGAGAUUUUAGAUCUGACUGGAAAUUAUUUCAUCGAAAGUAUUUCUCCAUAUAUCGGGGCACUAUCUUCUCUGAAGGCUAUAUCAUUAGCUGAGAAUAAACUCAAUGGCACUUUACCUAAAGAGUUGUGUGCACUGAAGAAGCUUGAAGAGUUACAUCUUUACGGUAAUUUCUUUGAUGGAAUCCUUCCACAAUGCCUAAAUAAUUUGACGUCUCUUCGAUUGUUAGAUAUAUCUCGGAACCAAUUCGCUGGAAACAUCUCUUCAUCUCUGAUAGCCAUCCCAACAUCACUUGGGUACAUUGAUUUCAGUGAUAAUUAUUUUGAGGGUCUAUUCUCAUUCAGCUUAUUUGCUAAUCACUCUAAGCUUAAGGUGAUUAUAUUGACAAGUGAAAACAACAAGCUUGAGAUAGAAACUGAAGAUUCUGUGGUUUGGGAUGACCUCUCGUUUCAGUUAAAGAUCCUUAUACUACGCAAUUGUAGUUUGAACAAGCUCACUGGCAAUAUUCCUAAGUUUCUCUUUGACCAGCACGAAUUGGAAAUAAUUGAUCUUUCUCACAAUAAGUUGAAAGGAAACUUCCCCAUUUGGUUGCUUCAAAACAAUACAGGACUACGAGAGCUAAAUCUUCGGACUAAUUCUUUCGUUGGUAAAUUUCAUUUGCCACCAGAUCAGCACAAGAGUAUUUUAAAGAUGGACAUCUCUGACAAUUGCUUAGAUGGGCAACUUCAAGAAAAUAUUGGAAAGAUUACUCCAUACGUAAAAUAUCUAAAGCUUUCCCGAAAUCAUUUUGAAGGAUAUCUUCCGUCCUCAAUUGGUGAAAUGAGUCAUUUAGAAGAUUUGGACUUGUCAUUUAAUAAUUUCUCGGGAGAGUUACCAGCGGAAUUUGUUGCCAAUUGCACCUCCUUGUAUUUUUUGAAGUUAUGCAAUAAUCGCUUUAACGGUGAAUUUUUCUCGAAGCACUUCAAGCUGCGACAUUUAUCAUUUUUGAUAUUAAACAACAAUCAGUUCACAGGUACUCUACCAGCUAUACCAUUGCAAUGGAGUCUAAAGUAUUUGGAUAUUAGCAACAACAACAUGUCAGGAACAAUUCCUAGAUGGAUGGUAAACAGGACAGGUUUUUGGACUUUUGACGUGAGUAACAAUUCCUUUGAAGGUCAGAUUCCUUGUGGACUAGUAGAUUCCCAUCAAUUAGUAGACCUUUCUCAUAACUCACUUUCGGGAUCGUUACCUUCUUGCUUGAAUCUACAGGGUGUUAAACACCUACUAUUGCAAGGAAACAAACUUACAGGGCCAAUACCAAAAGCUAUUUUCAAUUCAUCGUCUCUUUUGACAUUGGACCUUGGAGAUAACAGCUUUUCUGGCAGCAUCCUUGAUGAAAUCGGUGCACUUUCUAACUUAAGAAUACUUUUGUUAAGAGGCAACAAUUUCAGUGGUAUAAUUCCAUAUCAGAUGUGUUGGUUAAAUAAGAUAGGCAUAAUGGAUCUUUCCAAGAACUCUCUUUCUGGGACAAUACCACACUGCUUUCACAACAUGUCCUUUGGAAAGUUAGUUGUUGAUGAUCCUGUCUAUAAAGAAUAUCCUUAUGUGUCUUGGUUUGAACAAGUAGGUUCAACAUUCCAAAAGCUUCUAGAAUGGAAUAGUGAAGGAGAUAACAGGGAGAUAUUAUAUAAUGAACAAAUUAAGGUUGAGUUUGUAACAAAAUAUAGGUUUAACUCCUACAGUGGUUAUAUCCUUAAUUACCUGAAUGGAUUGGAUUUGUCAUGUAACAAACUAACAGGUAGAAUCCCACCGGAACUAGGAGAUCUAUCUUCAAUUCAUUCAUUGAACUUGUCUUACAAUCAGUUGACAGGUUUCAUUUCACAAAACUUUUCAAAUUUGUACCAGUUAGAGAGUUUAGACCUUUCUCACAACAAUUUGAGUGGAGAAAUUCCUUCAGUAUUGAUUGAUCUGAGCUUUCUAGAAGUGUUCACUGUGGCUUACAACAACUUAUCAGGUAAAGUUCCAGACAGGAAAGCACAGUUUGCAACAUUUGAUAAGAGUAGUUACGAAGGAAAUCCAUUUCUUUGCGGACAACCACUAGAGAAUAACUGCACCAGAGUAGACGAGUCACAUUCAUCACCAACAAAAUCUUCAAAAGCAAGUGAAGGGAAAUGGUAUGAAAUAGAUCCUUUGAUCUUCUUUGCAAGCUUUAUCGCAUCUUAUAUUAUUUCCUUCUUGGGUGCGGCUACUCUUCUUUAUAUUCAUCCUUAUUGGCAACAAUGGUGCUUCAGUUUAAUUGAGGAUUUCAAGUUCUGGUGUUAUUAUUCCAUUUUUGAUAGCUUGAAAAGAUUGUCAAACCGUCUAUAUCCUAAGAUAUAUUCAGUUUCCAUGGACAUCUUGGGUGAUAGUGAUGAUAGCUAGCUGUACAUUUGAUUAUGAAUAAUGGUCAUUGUGCUGUAAUAUGAGACGAGUUGUUCACUUGCACUUGCUUUCUUCUGUAUUGUAAUUCUUGUCAUUUGAUGAUGGAUAUUGUAGUUAUUGUAGAAAUCAGCAUUAUUAUAGUUUAUUCACUUCAAUACAUUAUGGUCUCCACCAUUCACAUAAAAGUACCCAAGAUUAAACAUUGUGAACAUUCCAGAACUCAAU